UGACAUCUCAUCCUUCAGUGCAGAUGAAACAGUCCAGCUGUAACUUAACAGUAAUUCUCACCCGCUUAUAUCAACAGAUGGUCAUACAAAUAUUGAACAGAUUAGUGGUGGACUUUGCUUUGCCUUACAUAGUGCACGUAUAAACCUAUUGUGCUAAUGGGAGCCAUGAAUGUGCGCUCAACUCUCACGAGAGACAAGAAGAUCACAGAACUUCGUUUUUAUCAUAAUAAGUUUUUAUGAUAGUGUGAUAGGACUUUAUAUGGAACCAUUAACCUCGAGUGGAUCUGCAGUUCUUCAGGAAGUGGAGGAAUCUACAACAACAACAACAACAUGGCUGGUUGGAGUCGAUUGGCACGACGAGGUGCCGUUUUUUUUUGGUGGGGUUGCAGUUGCGGUAGGCGUUAUAUAUAACGAGUCACAGAAACAUACUACCAAGGCAUCAUGGACUACAAAUGUCGAACCAAGUGUGAAAUGGGACCACAAUUGGGACAGAUGUGAUCCGGCCAGUUUAGUGAAACCAUCCAAAAACAAGAAUUCAUCUGACGAAAAAGAUGCUAAAUAUGCUGAAAAUGAACUAAAGAAAAAUACCCCAACAGCAACGCGUCAUCUGCUGUUGAUUCGCCAUGGCCAAUAUAACACCGAUGGUGAGGAAGACAACCAGCGAUACCUCACAGAACUAGGGCGAAAGCAAGCGGAAUAUGCUGGUCAACGACUCAAAGAUCUUGGUUUGUCCUAUACCGUCCUCCUGUCGUCAACCAUGACUCGUGCAAAGGAAACCGCCGAUAUCAUACAAAAAUUCUUCCCUAAUUUGCCACGUAAAGAGACUGACAUGCUCCGAACAGGGGCGCCAAUACCCCCAGAGCCACCUAAUGAUCAUUGGCAACCAAAAAAACAGCAGUUUCUCCAAGACGGAGCACGUAUAGAAGCUGCUUUCAAAAACGUGUUUCAUCGUGCGGAUCCCUCUCAGGAAAUCGACAGCCAUGAGAUAGUGGUGUGUCAUGGUAAUGUCAUACGAUACUUUGUGUGCAGGGCUCUACAGUUUCCUCCAGAAGCUUGGAUUCGUAUUAGCUUAAAUCACGCAAGUAUCACAUGGAUAACGAUACGACCCUCCGGUAGAGUGUUCAUCCGUCACCUGGGCGAGUCCGGGUUCAUGCCAGCUGACAAAGUGUCCGGUGAUUGAUAGGAGGACGAUGGUUUUACAUUGUUUUGAAAUAAGUGAGUGUGUACCAGUGGAUGAUAUUAUUGGUGGUGUAAGUUUGAGGAGAGUAACCAUUGAAAAGUUGACUGUCAAUGGUUUUAAUAUUACUUUGUGGAACACGGCGGUACCAACAUUGAAGAAAUGGCAGUUUUCAUCAAUUUAUGUUAGAGUGUUGAACAUAGGGAGCAGGAAAUACUGAAGUAAUGGACAUCGGAGUAAAGUUUGUGCUGUAAAGCAGGAAAUUUCAUGUUCCUGUUUAAUAUCAAUCCUCUUCACCCUAGAAGAAGGAAACAGAUUCAAAGAAACGGCAGAUUCAACUUUUGUUAAAAUUGAUAACAAAAGUUCAGUGUUCAACCCGCGGCAAAUUUGUAAUAAAAUUGUCACAGCAAAAAAA